AUGUUUGAGCUUGUUGCUAGACAUGGUCCAGGUUUCAAACCACCAUCAUACCAUGAGUUAAGAGAAACCUUCUUGAAAGAAGAGAUGAAGGAAGUAGAAGAGAAACUUAAUGUGUUUAAAGAAGAAUGGAAAUCUGUGGGAUGCAGUAUAAUGUCGGAUGGCUGGACCGACAAGAAGAAAAGAUCAAUUUGCAACUUCUUAGUCAACAGCCCAAGAGGAACUGUCUUUGUUGAGUCUAUAGCAUCUGGCAUCAGCAAGAACACAGAGAAAGUCUUUGAGAUGCUAGAUAAUAUUGUAAACAAGGUUGGAGAGGAAAAUGUUGUUCAAGUCGUCACUGAUAACGCAUCUGCUUAUAAAGCUGCAGGAGAGAAAUUGAUGAGGAAGUGGAAGCAUUUGUUCUGGACUCCUUGUGCAGCUCAUUGUAUGGACUUGAUGUUGGAGGAUUUUGAGAAACAUAUGCCAGUUCAUAAGUCUACAAUUUCGAAAGGAAGAAAGGUCACUAAUUUCAUCUACACCAGGACAAAUCUGAUUGCUAUGAUGAAAGAGUUCACAGAGGGCAGGGAUUUGGUUAGACCUGCUCAAACAAGGUUUGCUACUUCUUAUUUGACUCUAGGUUGCCUUAGUGAACAAAAAGGAAACUUGAUGACUAUGUUUUCUUCUGAUAAAUGGAGGAAAAGUAACUUUGCAAGCAUUUCAGAGGGGAAAAGGAUUCAAAUGAUUGUUUUAGAUGGUAGAUUUUGGACAAAUGUUGUAAAUUGUCUUCGAGCUGCUAUGCCUUUGGUGAAAGUUCUACGUUUAGUCGACUCGGAGGAGAAGCCAACAAUGCCAUUUGUGGUCAAAGAACUGAAUGAAGCAAAGGAGAAGAUUAAAAGUAACUUUGGUGCUAUGGAGAGAAAGUAA